CCCGGGGCUCAGAUAAAUAGACUGGUGGAGUUCCCUGGCUGGGAGCUUUUGGGCAGCAGUGAGCUAGCUAGGAAGCGGCGGGGCUGGUGGUGGUGGUAGCAGCGGCAACAGCAGCGGCAGAGGAGGUGGCGGCGGCGGCAGCAGCGGCGGCGGCGGCGGCUGUGGCAGAUCGGGGGGCGGGGGGGUCGGCGGGCGCGCGUCUGUUUGUGAGAUCAAUACUGAAGCCGCGUCUGACCCCCUGGAGCCUAGAUCCCCCCCCCCAGCCCAGCCCCCAGCCCACUCCCCGCACACGCCCCACCCCACCCCCACGACCCAGCGUCGCACCGCACCAGCCGAAGCACCCGAGAGGAUUACCCUCUUUGCCCCUCUCCCACUCCCCCAAAAAAGAAUAGAUCCCCUCCCCUGGCCCACCCCUUCCCCUCUUCCCUACCCCCUCCCCCCGAACUUUCCCUCUCGCAUGCUUUUCCCCUGCACCACGGAUCGCCUCUCGGAUGCCGCUAGCCUGGAAGCUGCGUUAGGAACAGGCGGCGGCGGUGGCGGCGGCGGCGGUGGCGGCGGUAGCUCGGGACUGCUAUGACCGGCAAACUCGCCGAGAAGCUGCCGGUGACCAUGAGCAGUUUGCUAAACCAAUUGCCUGACAAUCUGUACCCCGAGGAGAUCCCCAGCGCGCUCAACCUCUUCUCCGGCAGCAGCGACUCGGUAGCCCAUUACAAUCAGAUGGCUACAGAGAAUGUGAUGGACAUCGGUCUGACCAACGAGAAGCCCAAUCCGGAACUCUCUUAUUCGGGCUCUUUCCAGCCAGCCCCCGGCAACAAGACCGUGACCUACUUGGGAAAGUUCGCUUUCGACUCUCCUUCCAACUGGUGCCAGGACAACAUCAUUAGCCUCAUGAGCGCCGGCAUCUUGGGGGUGCCCCCGGCCUCAGGGGCGCUCAGUACGCAGACGUCCACGGCUAGCAUGGUGCAACCUCCGCAGGGCGACGUGGAGGCCAUGUAUCCGGCGCUGCCCCCCUAUUCCAACUGCGGUGAUCUCUACUCGGAGCCCGUGUCUUUCCACGACCCCCAGGGUAACCCUGGGCUCGCCUAUUCUCCCCAGGAUUACCAAUCGGCCAAGCCGGCCUUGGACAGCAAUCUUUUCCCCAUGAUUCCUGACUACAACCUGUACCACCACCCCAACGACAUGGGCUCCAUUCCGGAACACAAGCCCUUCCAGGGCAUGGACCCCAUCCGGGUCAACCCACCCCCUAUUACCCCUCUGGAGACCAUCAAGGCCUUCAAAGACAAGCAGAUCCAUCCGGGUUUCGGCAGCCUGCCCCAGCCGCCACUCACUCUCAAGCCCAUCCGGCCCCGCAAGUACCCCAAUCGGCCUAGCAAGACCCCGCUCCACGAGCGGCCCCACGCGUGCCCCGCAGAGGGCUGUGACCGCCGCUUCAGCCGCUCGGACGAGCUGACCCGGCACCUGCGCAUCCACACGGGCCACAAGCCCUUUCAGUGUCGGAUCUGCAUGCGGAGCUUCAGCCGCAGCGACCACCUCACCACUCACAUCCGCACGCACACCGGGGAGAAGCCCUUCGCGUGCGAGUUCUGUGGGCGCAAGUUUGCGCGCAGCGACGAGCGCAAGCGCCACGCCAAGAUCCACCUCAAGCAAAAGGAGAAGAAGUCGGAGAAAGGGGGUGCGCCCUCUGCAUCCUCGGCGCCCACCGUGUCCUUGGCCCCUGUGGUCACCACUUGCGCCUGAGGCUCGGGCACCCAGAUCCCCUCUUUUCCCUUCCAGUGCCUCCUGGCUGGUCGCCUGAAAGCAGCGGGGAAAGCCAACCACUGAGGCGCAGGGGCCGCGCCCUGGUCUCGCCCUGGACGUGCGGCCCCCUUGCCUCCCCUCCGAUGCCCCCCAUUCCCACCCUUUCACACCGGCCGAUGGUUGGGGGAUAGGGCUGGAGGCACUUUCGCCUUGCUGCCCCCCCUUGCCAAGGCGUGGGGGUGGAAAGGUGGCGUCUAGCCCGCUUUGUUCAGUUAGGAUCGCCUUGAUCCAGGGGCCGCUGGGCCGCGCCAAGGACCUGCGGGGGACUGAAGGCGGGGCCCAUCCAACCCUCGCCAGACCCAAGCACCUCACUGUUUCCCCCUCCAGUGUUUCCUUGUGUUCCCCCUCGAACACCCGAGAGGGGGAGGGGGUAAGGAGCGCACCAAAGCGCAGAGCUUGCUGCCCGCCGCACGCACGCGCGCUUGCGUGCGGUGAUGCGCGCGAGUGUGUGCGUGCUCGCCUGUAUGUGUGAGUGUGCGUGUGUUGUAUGUGUGUGUGUGCGCGCGCACGCGUGUGUGAGACACUUGAGCUGAACUGGGCUGUGUCUACCCCCAAACUCUUCUUCACAUAGGGUCUCCAAGCCGUUGGGAGAUGUCCCAGGCUGGGGACCUGCAUGUGGCCGGAGGAGAUGGUCUUCCAUCUGCUCCGUAAUAAUGUUUCUUACAGAAAUGCCUCGGACGCAGCUGCUGCGGUACUGCUGCCGCCGCCUCGGGUUUGGCCCCCUCACAGCCCCUUCCCUUUCCGAGCGCUUCCCUCUUAGGCCUCAGGGCAGUUUGAUCUUUGGGGAGAAAGAGCCACCAUCUCCUGAGCCUGCCUUUAAAAAAAAUAUAAUUUGCUCAGCCCCCCACUUUUCAAAAUCUGUGUUCUUGAGCUUGCCCUCUGCCUUUCCCUCCUAUCAUCUCCUCUUCCCUCUCAGGUUCUCACUAGGUCUCUCAAGAUCUUUACCCAGAAAGGCAGGCCUCAAUCAACCACCCAGCUGUUUGUCUCUGUCAUAUACCCAUUUCUCAUUCCCCCCAUUCCUGGGAAAGCUGGCUCUGUUCAUUUGCCCUCUGUGAUCGCCAACACAACAGAUAGAAGUGAAAUGUAUGUAUAUGAUGUUGGUGUGUGUAUGUAGAUGUGUGUGUUUCUUUAUACACAUAUGUUUACAUAACACAUGCUCUGUAUUCCUGGCAAAAUCAAAUCUAAGGCAUUUGGUUAUCCAGCGCAGUGCACUGGAAUAAAGAGAAUUUGUAGGCAUAUACAGCUUUAAAUGAUUUAUUUUUAUGAAAAUGUUAACUGAGGAGAUUAUAUCUACCUGUGUAUGUGUGUGACUCUAUGUGCACACGUGUAUAUAUGCAUACACAUUCUGUUCAAAUUGUCCUCAAAAAAUAGAUGGGGAUUUUUGCAUUAAUCCGUGUUGCUGAAUGAGGCACAUCUGUUUCAUGCCCCAUCACACCUUUUCCCUGCCCUACCUCACCUCUUCUCAGGAGCACCUCUACCCCAGCUGUCCUGCCCAGCCCUUCCUCACACAGGGUGGCCCUUUUGAAGUGGAGACCUAGAGAAGGGUGCUCUCUCUGACACAGCUUCCUCCACAGUCUUGACUGAAUGUAUACUGUUUCCUAUUCGCGUCGUUUCUCCUGUGGCCAAUGAGCUGCCCAGAGAGAAGCGACAAAGGUCUGGAGUUUACAGAAUGUCUGUUUUUAAAGUCACUUUAUGCGUUUCCCACUUUUUUUUUUUAAUUAAAAAAAAAAGCACCGUCUUUUGGUGGUGGAUAAAUAAUACUAAAAGGACUCUAGUGAACAGAGAGGGAAAACUCAAAGAGUAGGGGAAUUGUGAAUUUCCAGGUACUCGGGCUUUUUGUAGAAGGAGAAGUUUGCCAGGAGGGCCCAUAUUUUUUCAGCUGAAGGGUAAAAUCUUUCUUUGCAGAGACAGUAUUUUGCUGAAUACUUUUUAUAAUGUGAUGAUUAUUUAAAAAAAACACAAAAAUUUUGGUCAGUUCAAAGCUGGAAGGAGGAAUCAAAUAUCCUUUAAUAUUUUUUUCUUCCUCCUUCUGAAAUAUGCAUGUCACUGCAUGAUAACUCUGACUUUUCCUUUGUUUUAAUAAAACUGUUCUCAGACAUUUAAGCUAAACUAAGAGAAAAAUAACUUUGUUGCCAAAAGGUUGUGCUAUCCGGAUUUUUUUUAUAUGUCUGCAUGUUUAAAGAAAAAAAAACCAACAAAAGAAAAUGCACUCUAACUUAUGUGAACUGAGAGAAAAAAAAUAUCAGGUUUUAAACAGGAAAACCUAUGGGGAAUGAUAUUUUUUGAAAGACUUUUGUAUACAGUUGAGUACUUAGAAAAAGACAAACCAGAUGUAAUAUAUUUUGUGGAUGUUUUUAUUUCUUGGAUUUAUAGUACCUUAUACUAAGGUUAAAAAAAUGCUUGAUAUUGUGAAAAGGUGAGAUUCUUCACCAACAUUUCAUUUACUCCUUGUCACAUUGUUAUGCCAAUAUAAUAUAGUUAAUGAAAACAGCAUUUUUAAAAACAGAUAUUGAAACGGUGUAAUGUUGUACCAUUUGCCCUGUGAGCAAAUGCCAAUACAGUAAAUAUAUUGUGUUUGCUGACAAUCAGCCUGCCUUUACAUCUCGUUUUAUUUCUUGUUUUCAUGGUAUAAAGUUUUGGUUUGGCCUGGG